AUGGACACCCAGAAAGACGCUCCUCCUCCAAAGCAGCAACCUAUGAUAUACAUCUGUGGAGGUAAGAUCCUUUCAUGCCUAACUGUUAGGAGUUGUGUGAUGUAUAGCCUCUUGGUAAGUUGACCAUGCCACAGAGUGUUGCUGAAAUUGAGUUUUGUCUCACGUUCAUGAAGCCUGUCAUUAAUUGCAUCUCAGAAUUCUUUAGGUUUAAAUGAGAGGGAGAUGACACAAAGUGCCUGUUGCUGCUUUGUUUGGGGUCUCUGCUCCCCACCACAGGGCCAUUUGCUACCAGCUGCCCUGUGGAAAGGAAUAUCAGAUCCCAGCUUGUGCUCCAGUGGAAUUAGUUUUAUUUUGACUGGGUGGUUCUUGGUGUAUUUGUUGUACUUUGAGGACUGAUGAAAAAUCAAAAUAUAAAUUGUCUAUAUAAGUAUUGAACUCAGAUGCCAUUCUAAUUUGACGAACCCCAAUAUGAAAUGUUAAGAAUCUUUCAUAAUUCUAGUGUAAACUAAUUUAUAAAAUACAGUGUGAAUAUAGGUUUUCUGUCCUCACAAUCUAAAGCAUAACUGAGGAGUAGAUGGGUUUAACAGAAUGGCAGGGCUGGAGCUACAACUGUGAUUUAGGGAGCAACCAUAUGCACACAAAACUGGCAUAAAAUAAGCUGUUGUAGUUAUUACCAGAUCCAAGCCCUGUUCAGUAGCAGGGCAGCCUAACCCACCUUUUAUGGUUGCAGACCUGGAACACCCCUGGUUUUGAACCUACAUGGGCCUCUGCUCAGCUCCAGCUCAACCAAGAUGAGCAAGUUACACUGUUGUAUCUUCAGCUGAGCUAGGAAUUAGCCAGCUGAACCAGAAAUCUGCAUUGUAAACUGCUAAUUGCAGCAUGUCUUGCCAUAGGAUUGCCCCCUAAAUCUGGAUCAUGUCAAUGCCGUAAUAUGAUGAUAGUAGGGUCAGUCUGGGAUUCAGAGGAUUCUAGGCCAGCUCAGCCGCUACCUGGAAUGUUCUAAUUCAGGGUUUUCUGCCAGCUGCUGGUGGCAGAAUCCCCCCCCCCAUCCCCCCAUUAGCACCUCCACCUGCAUGUUCAGUGGGUGGAAUGGAGAGUUGUAUGCCUGCAGUGAUGCAUCACUCCACAAGUAGAGUCCGGUAGGGCUGGACAGAGGGACACCUCCACUCAAUCCAACUUUGAGUGCUACAGGGAACCAGACAGAGGGCCUUCUCGGUAGUGGCGCCCGCCCUGUGAAACGCCCUCCCAUCAGAUGUCAAAGCGAUAAAUAACUACCUGACAUUUAGAAGACAUCUUAAGGCAGCCCUGUUCAGGGAAGUUUUUAAUAUGUGAUAUUUUACUGUAUUUUUGGUUUCUAUGGAAGCCGCCCAGAGUGGCUGGGGAAACCCAGCCAGAUGGGCGGGGUACAAAUAAUAAAUUAUUAUUAUUAUUAUUAUUAUUAUUAUUUAUUAUCUCUCCUUAACCCCUCAGGACUUGGAUUGCAGCCUAACUUCUCUAACAUUUUAGUAGAAUGAGUUAGCCAGACUCUGUUCUUUUCAAUAAAAUGUGACAUUGUUUAUAGUAUUUUGUGUGUUAUAAUAAAAGGACAGUUUUCCUCUCAUAUUGCUAAGCUUUGUUCUCAUUGCUUUGUUUCAAUUUUCAUUUUUAAUAUAUUUUCAGAAUGUCACACAGAAAAUGAAAUAAAAGCAAGAGAUCCCAUCAGAUGCAGAGAAUGUGGAUACAGAAUAAUGUACAAAAAAAGAACAAAAAGAUGUAUCCUUCUAUGUGGGCCUGUUCAUUGCUUGAUUAUUGCAUGCUGAUCCUAACUACCUGAACUUUUAGAAUUUGUUUAGAGUUGUUGUAAUGUGAUGGCAUAAUUUUACACUAAUAAAGGUCUACAAAUUUCAUCAAUACUUAAAAUACUUGUGCUGCGGUACUUUAAGCCACUUUAUAUAUUACAUUUCCUAUACAAAUACUCUGGUUGGUAAAUGUGUUCUUUGCCUGCCUGCCAUUAUACACAGCUUGGAUGGAUUAGUCAUAUUGUGAAGUGUAAUGGCAGUCAUAAAUAUUUUCAACUAAGGUUGUUACACCACAUAGCACCAUACUUGUGCAUAUGUAUAUAGUGUACCCUAGUUGCUUUUAUUUGCAUGUCAGUGCCAUUGCAUUUAGUGGUGUUUAAAUAAAUAGAACAGCUGACUGCAGAGGGAGAUGUGAAAGUUACACCUUGAACAUUGGAAAGAAGCACAGAGAACACAAAGCACAAACUAUUUCUGCUUCUUGCUUAUGCCUCUUGUUGAAAUGUGUUAGGAGCAUGAAAUAAUUGCUUGCAUAAUUCUUUAUUAUAACUAACUGUUUUUUUCUCAUGCUCUCCAACUUUUUUCUUUAACUCUACUAUAGUGGUUGUGUUUGAUGCCCGAUGA